GUGGUUGGGAAUCACUGGCAUAAAGCAUCAGAAUGUGGACCUACAGACUGUGAGAUAGAGAAAACACACACAUACUAACACUCCUACUCAUACAAUUUUUGACUGGCGGUACCCCUCCAGCAGAUGACGCUGUAGGCGAUGGCCUAUAUCAAGAGCGGGCCCUGAUGAUGAGGGUCCACCAUGUUGGCUGACUGCUGUGGUUCUAUGUUCCAGGACUUUAAGGAACAGAUCAUCCACCACCUGGCCACGUUAGUCCUCUUGUCCUUCUCCUGGUGUGUUAACUACAUCCGAGUGGGAACGCUGGUGAUGCUCGUCCACGACGCCUCGGAUGUUUUACUGGAGUCUGCAAAAUUAUUCAACUACGCCAAGAGGGAGGACAUCAGCCACUCCAUCUUUGUGGUUUUUGCCACAGUGUUCAUGGUGACACGGCUGGUCAUCUUUCCAUUCUGGUAGGCUGCUGAAAACAU